CGGAGAACUGGCUUCUCAUCUCCACAUUGCGAUGAAAAUCUACGGUGAAAGUUGCCGUAGUACGACUUACAGACAGAAUAGGCACAGUGCAUGGGUAGAAUAGUGCGGAGAACUCUGUGUCGAUCUUUUGUAAAUAUCACGGAAAAAGUCUUGCUUUUCGUAUUGAUAUGUAGUGAGGUCACCGAACGGUUCUAACCAGGGAGUUUUCUUGACACCUACCGUGAAAAACGACCGGCAGUUUUCAAGCGGUCGGAAGCGUUUUUUGACAAAAAAAAAUUUCAAUUAUCAAGCGGCUUUGGCUGUGUCGGCACCGAAUCGCCAGCGGAUUCCAUCGGUCGCCGCUUGGUAAAACGACGCAGAGAAGCCAGCAAAAGGGGCGCCCUUCUGAGGCGCCCACCGCCUUAGUUUCUGGCGGUCUGGGGCGCCCAAAAAGGGGCGCGCAAAAAACGCGCCCAAGAUCAGAACAGCGAAACAGCACGGCACGGCGGCGAUUUCGGAGCAUUUUGGGCGGCCGCGAAAGCGGCCGCCCUUUCGGCGGUUUUAGAGCCUGGGAAGCUUUGCAAAAAGCGCCGGCGUGAAAAAUAAAAACGCGAAAAAAAAAAAGUGCGCCAGAUGCACAAAGCCAAUCCGCAUGCUAUGGGCCCGGUUUUUCUUCGCUUUUUGGGCGCCCCCCGUGGCACCCGGAUCGGCCCCAUAGCAUCGGGGCUGGCUUUCGGAAAGGAAUUUUGGAAAUGUGCCAAAAUUUGCGACGUUCCCCAAGUGGCCGCCAUACCGUGCGGCAUAACGUUACUCACGGUGGUAUGGCGAGCCCAUAAAAAGCAAAGCCGCGGCCAAGGCUAUGGUCGGCAAAAAAACGCCCACGACCUCACUACCCCCGCCCCGGCGGCUAUAUUUGGUAAGAUACAACACUCACACCAUGCCAACUGCAUCUUCUUCUUCAGCCAAGUGCGCCAUUCCGCCCGCGAGCUACGGCGGUAAAGUGCAACCCAAGGUGGACCCAGUCGGAAGUCACGCUAACUUCCACUCGCAGAAGCAACCCGCGUUCACCGAGAACCCCGUUUCCGCGAGCACCAGCCACCGGUUUUUUCCCAGAUACGAGCGCUCUGAGUUCCACACGGAAAUCCAGAAUUACGAUCUUUUGCAGCAGGCCAGGCAGGCUUCUCUCUUCACCGCAGGCAGCUGCGGAAGCAGUGGCACUGCACUGGGUAGUACCCUUGGGGGGUUCGGUAAUAAAAGUCAAACCCGACCUGGACAAAAUGAUGCAGCUUCCUCAAUCCUUCGGUCGCAGAUCGGACAGAAGGCCGUUCUGCAAACGCUUGAAGGUCUGUGGAAGGAGUAUCAGCAGCGGUUUCAGGAGCUGCAGCACGGGCUGCGGGACUUAAGUAGGACUCUCGUGGAGCAGGAGGAUCUGGUUCCGCUGGAGCAGAGCGCUACUUCUUUGUCGAACCAGUCUACUCCUGCAACGGACACCAUCCUUCUGAACGAUGUGGCGGCCAUUCUGGAGCGGUUGCGGGACAAUUUUCCCGUCGCAAUCUGGUCUCAGUUUCUCGUCGACUUGGGGGGCAGUAGAGAAACGGAAGAAGUUCGCACCACAGGACGGACGCCCAGUAGUGGAGCAAAAGCCGUUCCUGGAGUUUCAACCUCUGCGCCGCGUGCUGCUGCUGCGGAUUGGUAUUGUGAAACCUUGGAAACCGUUCUGCAACACGUUGCCGCCAUGACUUCCUCGCUUCCUACUUCUGCGCAAGGGGAAGCAAAAAUCGGAGCUGGCGCGGAAGAGGCUCGUCUCGGUUCUGCAAAGGUUAAAGCCGCGUCUGACCCCGCUGUGGACACUGGAGCAGACACUGCCGCUACUGUGCUUGCCGGAUCCGGGCGUGUAGACGUUGCUGCGCCGCCGGCGGAAAAUAAACAAGCUGCCCAAGAACCCGAAUUUCUUGCAAAUGUAAUCGAGGAUUGCGACGGCAGUCCCGACGACGUGGGCCCGAGUUCGCAGACCGAACGAACUGCUGGUGCAGCAGACAAGCGAGAAGCCGAUGACUUCGUCUCGAUGUGGAUGUGGCUGAACAAAGCCGCGGGGAGAGCACCGGCACGCGAAGAUGACAACGGCAACGGUGAGGAGAAAACUUUUUCCUCACGGCAGGAAACUUGCGAAGCGGAGCAUCAUGCAACGGGACAGAGCGAGAGCCGGGAGCGUGCGGUAGUGGAUAAAGACCUGCUCAUGGUGGAUCGGAGCAUUUGGAUAAACGCGACGUCUGCUGCGGAAGAAGAUGGAGGAUUGCAUGUCCCGAAAGACGUGUCAAAUACACGAGACCCAGCUCCGACAGCACCUAGUUGCGCUGCCGGGCGGGAGGAAGGAGUUAGCGGCGCCGAGGGUGGCCCAGUCCAGGACGAGCUAAGAAGUCGCGUGCUCCUGGUCGGGACAAAGCUUCUUGCGCAGCUGAAGAAGGUGGCUGCUUCUACACCAUCCUCAAGUACGACGGCGACGACUAGCGACAGAGUCGCCACGAGUGCAACGAAAAGCGGCACUAUGGAUCUCUCAGCAAUCGCAACUGCUUUGGAGGAGCAGAUCUACCGCGAUUUACUCGUGCUCCGAAUUAGUACAACGAACGACAAAAGUGGUAAAGCCGGGAAGGGUUCUUUGCGGCCGGCCAGCAACACUUCUACCGCGACGCAGCAGAGGAACGCCGGUGAAUUACAGAAGCAGACGCAGUUGGAAUACCGCCAGCGCGUGGCCGAGCUUUGUGAGAAGAUGAAGAAAGUGCGGUCAUUUUCUCUCUUGAAGUUCAUCGAAGAGUUUACAACUACUACUUCCCAGGCGAGGAGUUGUGCUGUUGGGAGAUCGAGAUCCGACAGCCAAGACACACCCGUGCCACAAGUGGAUUCUUGCGACGCCAUGGGCUGUGGUCCAGCAGGAUCUCGAGGUCUUGCAACAGAUGACGCUCAUUUGAUACAGGAUCACUUGGUGAAGCGAUUCUUGGAUGUGGUGCUUUUUUCGUCUGGUAAGGAAAAGGAAUCGAACGCGAAGAAGGUCGUGCAAGAACUGCCGGGCGUUCUUCAAAAGCGUACUGAAGGAACUGCAGCGGCAGCUGCAAAUCGAGUUGAUGGCAGAGUCAAACAAGGUCUGCUGAUGACGUCUUUGGUUCUUGCAAACCCGAAAUCCACGAAGAGCACCGUGGGAGAGGAGACGACUGGAUCUUCUACUGCAAAACUGCCCCACGGUGCGUCUGCGAUUUCCUCGAGCAGUGAUCAUUCCACACGGCAGGAGAACAAGAACGAGAAGGGAAAACCGCCCUGCUCCUCGUUGCUGUCGCUGUUGGGGGGACCUCAAAACAAAACCAAGACAAAAGCUAGUGCGUCACUGACUUUAAAGCACCCGCUCUGUCAUCAAAACGGCAGCUACACAAAAACAGCUCGCCGUAGACUAGACGAGGACGAGCUCGAGCUGUUCGGGGGUGAGGUGUCGCCAGAGAAGGGUCUCGAUGUGGUGCAGGAGAGCUAUGAAAAACGGGAGGAUGUACGGAAAAAAAAACGUGAAGCGGAGGCGAAGAAACACGAGCUGAUGCAGCAAACGAAGCGGGAAGAGGCGCAGUUGAGUGAUAGUUUGAAUGCGCGGGGCUCCACUGCUUGGUUUGUCGAGAAGAUCAAUGACGGGAGCAUUUUCCUGCCGGCAAAACAGAAGACGAAGACAAUAGGUUUCGCAGCCGGACAGCAAGCUCAUUUCGCGACGGGCUUGGUGGCGCCGCAGCUAGCUGCGCAGCAAAGGAGCCUGCAUGCGGAGAAAAAUACACACCGCGGAGAACAGGCCAGGAACCAUUCUCAGAUGAAAGCUGGGCCGACUACUUCCUUGAACUCGAAGCCAAAGCAGCCGCCCCCAGAGUUUGUGGCCCGGAUCAAUGCGAACGGAGAAAGAGAAGUUGUGCGAGCACAAGACUUUUCCGAAGGGAAUUGGCACCCAAGUUUAGGCGCGAAGCGCAGGAGGGUCUUUUCAGGGAGUUUAGAUCUGGAAGAUUGAUUGAUGAAGUUGCACGCCUGAAUGAAGCCUAGGCGCAGCGUUUUGAUUCUGGUUCCAUAAGGCAACUGAGCAGAUGAACACUUGCGACUCGCCGCCGUGGAAGUAAAACUUACAACCCCUUUGGAGUUAAU